UUCCGCUUGCCGCGUUGGAACGUCGACGACAAGCCGUGAGACAGGCUCAGGCCAGAAACCACGUUCUGAACUACCGGAUCGCCGAUUCGAAUAUAUAUCAAGGGACUGUAUUUAGUUCUUGUGAGAUGGAAGAUGAUAAGGAGAACCAACCCAUGGUGGAAGAGGAGCAAGAUGAGCCGAAGAUCAUCACGCUCGAGGUUCUGCGUGUAGUGAAAGAGGCUCAGCAGAAACACGGUCUCCGACACGAUGACUUCCAGCGUUAUCGUAGCUAUUGUUCGAGGAGAAUUAGGAGACUUCGAUGUGCCUUGAAUUUCCUUCAGGGAACCAAGAACCGCUACAACCCAAAAUCGAUCACGGAUGAGAUCCUCGCCAAGACGGGCGACCUCCGGUACCCGUGCAUCGUCCUGAUGCAGGCUGAGCGGUGCUGGGGUUACGCCAUGCAACUUCGUCACGAGUGCAGCACGGAGCCUCGAAAGAAGUUCCACUUGAGACGGAGACUGCGGAAAGCGGUUCAGUAUGCCGAAGAACUCAGUGACCUGUGCACGAAGUCCGAAACUUGCGAUGCCCGCAGCAAACUCGAAUGUCAGGCUUACGCAGCGUUCAUGAAGGGAACCUAUCUAUUCGAGAAGAGUCAAUGGAAAGAAGCCAUGGAUGCCUAUAGUACGGCCCAGACGAUCUACGAGAAAUUGGGAUCGGCUCUGAUCGAAGAUCAACGCGUGCUGUAUCAACAGCGCGUGGAAGACCUUACUCCAAACCUGAGGUAUUGCGCAUACAAUAUUGGAGACAAGAGCGCGAUGUCGGAUCUGAAGAAACUCCGCCGUGAAGGCAAAAGCGGAAUGGACAACUUGGAUACGCUGAUCGCUCAAACACGCUCGAAACAAGCCGUGACGCUCAAGGAGAUUAAAUGGCUCGGGAAAACGAUUCCAGUCCGUCAGGAAAAAGUGAAAAUCCUGUUGAUCUCCUGGGAUGAAUGCGGUCAAGAGCUCAAACAGUGCAAGAGUAUGGAUGAGAAGGUUGCCAUCUACGAGCGAUUCCUCCUCGAACUAAAGGACUGCCUGCAGAUCCUGAGAGACGACGUCAAGGCUCAGGAAGCGAACAAAUUGGUGGAGACUACGGGUCUGACAACCCUCCAGUAUUUGCAAUCGUACAUAAUCUACUUACGACUUCGCGCCACUGUCGACAGGAACGUGGCCAUGAUAGAUAUCCUGCGAUCGAAGAAUAACAAGCCUCAAGACAUGGUUCGUCUCUACGAGGUGAUCCUACAAUGUCUUCAGGAAAUGCAACAACUUCCCGGCGUCGAACCGGAUUCCCAGGUUUACAGAGAUGUUGAGAACGAAAUGCUCCUCCAGAAAGCUUUCCGGGCCUAUUACAUUUCUAGAGCAUUGACCGCCUUGGGGAAAUAUCCGGAAGCUCUCGCAAUGGCCGUCCGGGCCCAAGAGUAUUCGUCCAAAGCGAAAACCACAACUGAAGAAGUUCAGAAGCUCCAGAGCCAGAUCGAAGCCGAGAUGUAUUUCGUUCACGCGCAAAGUAUCCUCGGGGGAGAGGCGACGGCCCACGAGGUCACUGAGGAAAUCAAGGACACUACAGGAGGACGACCCCUCUUGGAAAGACUGGACGAGUACUACGAGGAUCCGAAUCUGACGGACGAGAAGAAUCCAACGCAACUCGUGAGCUAUCCGCCGGAUUUCGAAGCUUGUGCGUGCAAACCGUUGUUCUUCGAUUUGGCUCUGAACCACGUGGUUUUCCCCGACCUGGAUGAAGAGACGGAGACCCGCAAGGAACAGCAAGGUGCGGGUCUCACGGGCUUGGUCAAAGGAUGGCUCGGUGGCUGGAAAUGAGUUCGCCCCUGUGCUAACGCAUCAAUUCCAGAGCAAGAAUGAUUAUACAUUUAUAUUGAAUUAAAUUAAAU